GUGAGAAUGACCGAAGAAAACAAUAAGCCCAAUCUCAUCCAGAAAGGCCCAUCAUUUCUCUUUCUCUCUCCACUCUCUGGACCGUCUGGUAGAGCUACACACACUCACUCUCUCUCUCUCUCUCUCGUCUCUCUGAGAGAGGAGUCGUGCUUUGAUUGAGGUGUUUGGGUGAGUGUACUUUCUCGAUUUCUCUAGAAUUUUGGUCAGCUUCUGCUUUGAAGCUGUAGCCGUAAAAAUGAGGGGAAUGGUACUGAGCUUGACGACGCCUAUGGAGGCUAUCAAUUGGUGGGAUGAGAUCAAUGAAUCGGCUAUGUGGCAAGACGGCAUCUUCUACUUUCUCUGCGCUGCUUAUGCUCUAGUUUCCACCGUUGCUCUGGUUCAAUUAAUAAGGAUUGAAUUGAGAGUGCCUGAAUAUGGUUGGACAACCCAGAAGGUUUUCCAUCUUAUGAAUUUCAUUGUUAAUGGAGUACGUGCAAUUGUGUUUGGAUUUCACAAGCAAGUAUUUAUUUUGCAUCCAAAGGUGCUAACGUUGGUAAUAUUGGAUCUUCCGGGACUGCUCUUCUUCACUACUUACACACUUCUUGUCUUGUUUUGGGCAGAGAUAUAUCACCAGGCAAGAAGUUUACCAACAGAUAAGCUCAGGAUUUGUUACAUUGCAAUCAAUUGUGUGAUGUAUGUUAUACAGGUGGGCAUCUGGAUAUACGUUUGGAUUAAUGAUAACAGUACUGUGGAAUUUGUGGGAAAGGUUUUUAUUGCAGUUAUAUCAUUUUUAGCUGCAUUAGGCUUCUUGCUUUAUGGAGGAAGAUUAUUUUUUAUGUUAAGACGCUUCCCCAUAGAAUCCAAAGGGAGAAGAAAGAAGCUUCAUGAGGUCGGAUUUGUCACAGCCAUAUGUUUCACCUGCUUCCUCAUAAGAUGCUUUGUGGUUGUACUGUCUGCCUUUGAUGCUGAUGCUUCACUUGAUGUUUUGGAUCAUCCAGUUUUGAAUUUGAUCUACUACUUGCUGGUUGAGAUCUUCCCUUCAGCUUUUGUCCUUUUCAUCUUGCGUAAAUUGCCCCCAAAGAGAGUGUCGGCCCAGUAUCACUCAAUCCAGUAGGCAAGUGUAUCUACUACUACUGUUCUGAACCUUAUUCUUGCUCCCCCUAAUAUCAUUUUUUUUGGUGUGGGAGUUGAAAGCUUUUAAGAGAAGCAAUAGACAGGUAGAGAAAUGAGGUGUUGUAUUUUGGUAUGACUCGCGUUGCCAGAAAAGUUUUCUGAGAAGUUUAAUUCACAGCUAUAUGCAGCUUGAGAGAGACAUAUUUGUUGAUUUGAUUCCAUUAUAGAUUAUAUCGACUGUAAGCAGUGUAUUGUUGAACGUGUAACAAAAUGAAAUUUUCCUGUAAACCAGAUGACUUUUCUGUC